AUGAUCGAAGACAAGACGGUUGCUGUCGAACAACUUGCAGAGGUGUCAUCAGGCCAGCUGGCAGACAUUGUACGCGACGGGCGGGUACUCCGCAUGCCGUGCACCUCAUGCGUGCCCAACAUUGAGGGCGCAUGCCUGGGCGUGCACAGCAAUGUGUCGUGUGGGCCUGCUCACUGGCACCGCGACGGCGACGCUAAGGGCCCUGCCCGAUGUUCAACGGUGCAGGUUGAUGAUGCGUUGGGCCGUAUGCAAGUCAAACACGAGACCUAUGCAACGGGACCACGCGACAUGAUCACGAUGCUGGGGCACGCGUCGGAGCUGGACCACGAAGCACCACCACCCACCCACAGGAGCGAGAUCCGCUUCUGCCCCAUCACCUUCAUCGUGUGCACCACCGUGUUUCUUCGUCACGUCCAUCAUCGUGGCCGUGUGUGGCCGGACUCCUGGGAUGCGUGCGUCGUCGAUGACAUAUCGCAACACAACCUCAUUCUCACGCUGCUGGGUCUGAUCUCCUUCAUUUUCCCGGUCGGCCGUUUCGUCUCCGCGGUGCGGUCCACCAUGCACGGCGCUGCCAACAUGAAUGUGACCGGCAUUCUCCUCUUCACCUUUGUGUCGCCUGGGCGGUACAUCGAAUACCUCGCCAAAGGCAACACCUCCAGCCUGAUGAAGGAAGAUAUAGUCAAAGGCAACCGCGUGGAGGAGCGAAUUGACACCGAGCUCGUGCAGCGCGGUGACAAACUGAAGGGUGCGGGUGAAAUGGACGAGGCCAUGGUCACGGGCGAAUCAAAGCCCGUCUCGUCUCCAAAGGCGUUAUUGUCACAAGCUGGCGGGGCGCUUUGUGUCAGGCGUCGUGUUGCUGUUGGUGUGUGGGUUGCGCUGCUGACCUCGGGUGCCGCUGACAAAUUGGAGCUCACGCGAUUGUGGCACACGUCGGCGCUGUCUCUUGCAACGGACUUCAAGACGGUCUCUGGUCGGGGCAUCUCAGCAACCGUGGACAGCAAGCAUAUUGUCAUUGGCAUGCCCAUUGUGCUAUGGGCAUGCACAUCGUGGUAUUGGCAAUCCAACGCCAUCAGCGGCAAAUCGCGGCAGACGAUGCACGAAGAUGAGGAGACGCGUGGCUGCACGGUUGUUGUGUGCUCGGCAGACGGCAACCUCCUGCCUGGGCUAUGUGAGGUCUCGCUGACACGUACAAGCCCUAAAGGUGAAGAGGCGGUGCGCCUUCUGUGCCAGCACGGCUUGCGCCUGGUCAUGCUCACACGGGCGACAACGAGGGCACUGCGCGGUCCAUCGGGGGCAGAUGUUGGCGUCGACACCGUGCUCGCAGGAGCGUGCAGGAGAUGGAGGCGAAAGGACGACGUGGUGGCAAUAGUUGGCGACAACAUCAACAUUGAGUCAGCGCACGUCGUUCUGAUGAUCAAGGACGACCUGCUUGCUGGAGGUGGUGGACACGGCGACGCGUGCGCUGCUGUUGCAUCCUGGAGCAACUCCGCUGACGUUACGCGGCUUUGCGGCUGCAGCCAUCCACUGGUCGUGGCCAGUGGCCACAUAACCAGCGACGCCAACGAUGAGUGCACACGAUUCGCCACAUCACCAGCGUCCACGUCUCGGCGAUCCAAUCCAUUGCAACAGCCACCACUUCGUCACCUUCUCCUGUGCGCCUUUGGCAUCAUUUUGGCGAGGGCCAUGGCUUCAUCGGCACCAUCAGCGUGUCUGCGAGCAGAGAUCAGCACCUGCUUUUGUCAGAAAGCCGGCAGUUUUGGCGGCGUACAGCCUGACCUCCUCCUCGUCACUCCCCCUUGCAGCAGGGCGCUCGUGCUCGCUGCCGGGUACGAUGGCGCAAAGUGUUUGGGACCUGGACGACCCCUGCCGUGUGGCCUUGAAGUCCCCGUGUGGUGGCCAGCACAAUCGAUCAGAGGCAACAGCGGGGGUGUGCACCAGCACCUGGAUGGCGAGCGCGUCCUGACCGCGCAUACCCUGGAGCAGUGGAACAUGACAAGUGUUGCCAUUGUGCUGUGGAGCAUGCGAGGCUGGCAGCCCAUCACGCAGCACCACGCCGGCCAGUGCAAGCUUCGAGUCAGCCACUUGGACACGCGACGCCAAGCACGUGCUCCUGUAUGGCCGAGCUUCGCGGUGCCGGCUGCGUAUUGUGUGCUCAGCUUCAACAUGGGCAACACCACGGCCGUCGCAAUCCACCCUGCGUCGCUCGAGCUCCCAAUCACCUCCCGUUCAAUUGACUGUGGCAGCGUUGCUGAGCUGCAGCGAGCCCUGUGCAUGUUCCCUGCCACCGUGAGCACUGCCGUGGAGGAUGCCGAGGCAGACACGCCGCCCACCUCCACCAGCGUGUCCUGGCUCGACUGCAGCACAGAGCAGUUCAUCGUGGACAAGGUGUGUGAGUUCGCCAGAGCCUUCUUCAACCCUAGCGAUGACAAGCCCUGGCAGGGAAGCCCUGGUCACUGCGCGUCGCCCCUGACGCACACACUCGUGGCAGACGUCAUCCUGCUUGUGUGCACGUUUACAAGCGAGCUUGAGCUUGCGACCUCCACCGCCGACAAGCAGUACAACCACCAGCAGCGGGCAUGA